GUCCACCCCAUGAUGGCCCUCUCACACCCUAGCCUGACCGUAGCCCAGGCAGCGGCCGCCUACAGCUCCAGGUAAUUGAUUUAUUAACUAGGUCAUUACUUCCUCUUGGUCAUUUGCUGUACACAAAUAGAUUGAUAAGGGAUUUUUUUUAAACGAAUGACCUUUCUAAUCAAUUGAAAUAGGAAGGGUCUAUACAAACUGGAGAGAUACGAAUAACGCAACUAUAUAUUAGCAGAUAGUAACAUCCAUAGGGGGAAUCAUCCAAGUGAUGAUAAGUUGUAUCAUCUAUAACAAAUUGUUUACAUUGUUACUGUUAUUGAGAUGUUUUCAAAUGUUACAAAAUAAUCUAAUUUUUACGAUUAAUUGACUACAUAUUUAAUUUAAAUAGGAUUGAGCUCUAAUAUUAUGUUGAUGAUGAAACUUAAAGGCACUGACUGACCCAACAUUUGCUAAACAGAAUUAUAGGAAAUAAACAAGGAAAUAUCUCUUUUACAAUUAACUUUAAAAAUGAAGGGGGAAAAUGUCAACUUUAUCCUUUCCCCCCCCCCCCCGAAAAAAAAAAAGUUGAGUUGUCCCCCAUAUCGGGAAAAUUCAGGCUUAUUUGCUAAACAGAAAUAUAAGAAAUAAACAAGGAAAUAUCUCUUUUACAAUUAACCUUAAAAAUGAAGGGGGAAAAUGUCAACUUUUUCAUUUCCCCCCCCCCCCGAAAAAAAAAAGUUGAGUUGUCCCCCAUAUCGGGAAAAUUCAGGCUGACACUAAAAUGACUUAACUCAAUAAUCCUGUAGACUUAAAUGAAUGCUAAACAAGCGUUUUGACCACUUCCAGGUCACCAUUUGGGGGCUUAAUCCACGGCUACAUGUUACACACGUCCAACGGUCUAACCAACCCUGGCACCAUGCCAACUGCUGUAUCACUCAUUCCUACUCUGCCAGGUGUUCCGAACUCGAUGUCUCCUCGCUUGCCGAACUCCAACACUUCGUACGAGCCGGACAUGCGCAGCAGCGGAUGUGGAAGCACUACCAUGGCCGCCACGACGUCUAGCGUGGAGUCGCUGCGGCUCAAGGCGAAGGAACACACAGCG